AUGGCCUCUAUUCAUACAGUCGACGGCAAUGAUGCAGUGACAGAACGCCAGAGCUCUAGGGAUGGUCUGCCGAUGAGUAUCGUGGCAUUCAGUGACCCUUUUCAGGACCCCGUCCGGACUCGCAGACGGACAUCGUCUUCGCACAACACCUACUACGCCACAAUCACUGCCCCGUCCCAGCACCAGGUCAACUCCCACUCAGCCGUCUCCAAGGGAUUGGCCAAUGACUCCAAGGCCUGGAAGCUAUCAUGA